GAGAAACAAUAAGAAAUGGCUGAUUCUCCAGUUAAUUUGUCCCAGGAUCCAUUGACAUUCAGGGAUGUGACUGUGGACUUCUCCCAGGAAGAAUGGGGAUGCCUAGACUCUGCUCAGAGGGCUUUGUACAUUGAUGUGAUGUUGGAGAAUUACAGCAGCAUGCUCUUUGUGGAGAGCUAUUGCAUAUGUGAUCCUAUCUGUCAACAUGUAAAGACUGCAAAGGAGUCAUCUCAGUAUAAUGAGCUUGACAACGUACUUCAGGACCCCUCCACAUGUGCACUUUAUAGAACAAAUGAAACUACAGAAAACUCUAAUAACUACAGAUGCAGUAAUAACAGGGGUGCUUCUAUUGACCCAUCAAACCCAGAUAGACAUGAAAGCAUGCAAACUGGAGAAAAAACUUGCAAUUCUAAAGUCUGUGAGAAAUCAUUAAAUUUGUAUCCCAACAUUACUCAAGAUCAGAGACUCUACACUGCAAGAUCAGAACACAAGCAGGGAGAAUAUGAUGACUACUAUGACUCUACAUAUAGACUUUUGCAACAAAAAUUCUCCACUGGAGAGACACCACACCAGUGUGGGAAAUGUGGGAAAUACUUCAGUGCUGCUUCAAGCCUCACUGUACAUCAGAGAAUACAUACCGAAGAGAGGCCUUACAGAUGUGAAGAAUGUGACAAAUCUUUUACCCGGCCUUCAACUCUUAGAGCACAUCAGAAAAUUCAUACUGGAGAGAAGCCUUACAAGUGUGAAAAAUGUGACAAAUCCUUUAUCCGGCAUUCAACUCUUAGAACGCAUCAGAGAAUUCAUACAGGAGAGAGGCCUUACAGUUGUAAGGAAUGUGGCAAAUCUUUCACUACAUGCUCGGACCUCAGAACACAUCAAAAAAUUCAUACUGGAGAGAAAAUUCAUAAAUGCAAACACUGUGACAUGUCUUUUCUCCGAAUUUCAACUCUUAGAAGACAUCAGAGUGUUCACACUGGAGAGAGACCUCACAAAUGUCAGAAAUGUAACAAAUCCUUUAUUGACAUGUCACAUCUUAGAGCACAUCAGAGAAAUCAUACUGGAGAGAGACCUUACAGUUGUAAGGAGUGUAAAAAGUCUUUUAUGAGGUACUCCCACCUCAAAGCCCAUCAGAACAUUCAUACUAGAGAGAAACAACAAAUAAUAUAUUUAUGUGAACUUUGUGAUAAGCAGUACAGCAUAAACUCUACACUUCUCUUGCAACAAAAAUUCUCCACUGGAGAGACAGCAUACCAAUCUAGGAAAUGUGGGAAAUACUUCAGUGCAGCCUCAAGCCUCACUGUACAUCAGAGAAUACAAACUGGAGAGAAGCCUUACAGAUGUGAAGAAUGUGACAAAUGUUUUACCCGACUUUCAACUCUUAGAGCACAUCAGAAAAUUCAUACUGGAGAGAAACUUUACAAAUGUAGGGAAUGUGAGAAAUCCUUUACCCAUAACUCAUAUCUUAGAACGCAUCAGAGAGUCCACACUGGAGAGAGACCUUACAGUUGUAAGGAAUGUGGCAAAUGUUUUACUACGUGCUCGGACCUCAGAAAACAUCAGAAAAUUCAUACUGGAGAGAAAAUUCACAAAUGCAAAGACUGUGACAUGUCCUUUCUCCGUAUUUCGACUCUUAGAAGACAUCAGAGUGUUCACACUGGAGAGAGACCUCACAAAUGUCAGGAAUGUAAUAAAUCCUUUAUUGACAUGUCACAUCUUAGAACACAUCAGAGAAUUCAUACUGGAGAGAGACCAUAUAGUUGUAAGGAAUGUGACAAAUCUUUUACUAGGUACUCCCACCUCAAAGCCCAUCAGAACAUUCAUACUAGAGAGAAACAACAAAUACAAUGACUAGCAUACCCUAUAUCUGUCUUUCAAAUCUUAAAACACAUCAGAGAGUUGGCACUGGAGAGAAAAACACCAUUCUCAUAAUGUGUCAUAGCAUUUUUUUAGGUGUUCUCUGCCUAUAAGCCUAACAGCAUAUAUAAUAUGCUACAGGAUAAUUUUUUGUAUACUGUGAAGAUGUGUCUUUGUCAAAGUUCCUUCUGAUUAGUUUGAUAAAGAGCUGAAUGACCAGUGGCUAGGUGGGAAAAAAUGGGCAGAACUUCUCAGGAGAGAAAGGAACUUGGGAUGAAUCUGGUGUGGCAGCAGAUGCCAAAAAGACAUGGGAGACAUCAGAUGUACAAAAUGGAAGAGAGGUAAAGAGCCAGUUGACAAAAUGUAGGUUAAUAGAAACCUGUUACUUAGGUUAUAAGAGCUAGUUGGGAACAAACAUAAAGGUCAAGGUUUCAUAAUUUAUAAUACGUCAUUGUGUCAUUGUUUGGGUGCUGUGGGUCCAAAGAAAGUCCAACCAAAAAGACAAACUACAAUAAAUAGAAACAUAGAGAUAAGAAACUUGUGAAAACCUGUUAUGAAGUUUUAAAUCUUAGAAGAUAUCACCAUGUUUAUAUUUUAAAAAAUUUUACCAUAGUAACAGUGUGAAUUUUUUUUCACAUGUAUGGGUGCUUUGUCCAAUGUGUAAAGAGUUGCUUUGCUAAUCUUUCUCUGAACUCCAUGCUUGCCAGUUGCCUGGGAAUGCAGCAGAGGACAUAAGAUUCCACGAGGCUGGAUUUUCAGAUAGUUGUGAUCUCUUCAGUGUGUGUUAGGAAUCGAACUCCAGUCCUCUAAAAGGGCACCAGGGCUCUUUAAGAACUACCUUGGCUCCAGCUCCUGGGAAAUGCAAUAAUAACGUCACUUAUCUUUGCGUGUUGUGGUGCCACAUGUCUUUAAUCCUGACAUUCAGGGGACAGGCAGGUGGAUACCUGUGAGUUCAAGGCCAGCCUAGUGUACACAGCUAGUUCCACAACAGCUAAGGCUAUUACAUAGUGAAAUUUUAUUUUUUCUUUUUCUUUUCUUUUUUUGAUUUUUGAGACAGGGUUUCUCUAUAGCUUUUUGGUUCCUGUCCUGGAACUAGCUCUUCUAGACCAAGCUGGCCUUGAACUCACAGAGAUCAGCCUGCCUCUGCCUCCCAAGUGCUGGGAUUAAAGGCGUGCGCCACCACCACCAGGCUCAUAGUGAAAUCUUUUCUCAAAGAACAAAACAAAAAAAAAUGUUCUGCAUUUAAGAAUUCAUAAUAAAGACAGACUAUGUGAUGCAUACCUUUUCCCCCAGCACUCAGGAGGCAGAGGCUAGAAGAUUUCUAAGAGUCUGAGACCAUCCUGGUCUACAUAGUGAAAUCCAGGACUGCCAGGUAUACAUAAACCCUGUCUUUAAGAAAGUAAAAUAAAUCAUAAUAAGGACAAAAUCUAGUAACUUUAAAAAAAUACAAAUGGAAGAUGAACAAUGUCAUUAUAAAAAGAUAAAUAAAAAUGGCAAUGGGAUAUCACUUGCUACUCUAUAGAAGGGCAAUCAUAUUAGUAAAUAUAAAAUAGCAAAAUAUUGGUGAUAAUGCCAAGAAACUAGAAUCCUUAAACCUGCAGAAUAAAAGUGUUAUGAUAAAAAAGAUUGAAAAUCUCUUAGAAAGUAAAAUUUCAAGUUGCCACAUGACCUAGCAUUCUAAUAGUACUAAGAAUGCUUCCAAGUAUUCAAAAAACAAUGGGUGUGUUACCUUACUAGAUGUGGAUGGAGGUGGGUGGUCCUUGGACUUCCCACAGGGCAGGGAACCCUGAUAGCUCCU